UUGAUGGUUCAUCUCGGAGAGUGUUAAAUUCCACCUUUGUCGAGUUCCCUCGUCCAGUUAAUGUUAUGCUUCAUUCAAAUCUGAAAAUAUGUAAUCCGCACCGAAAACCUCCCGAUGACCCGUGAAUCCUUUCGGAGCUGACUCCUUCCAAUUAAUUGGAAUCUCUUCUUAAGUAUGUAAUUCGCGUGCCAGUACACGUAAUUAUAAACUAAGGGCCACUGUAAAGAAGAUUAUUUCACUGACUGGUUGUGCAAAAAUGAAUCUGUUAUGAAAGUCGACAGGUAAGGGUUGAAGUCUGGUCGGACCGUAUUAUUAUUCUUUCCAUUCCGAUUGAAAGCUGCAUCGUAAGAAAAUGUAUAGUAGAACAUGUGCCAGAAUUCUUUUGCAUCCUGGGUUAGCUGACCGAGGCUCCCUUUACUGAUCUGAACACUGGUGGAAAAUAAUGAAGGAUAAAAUGCCACCAUUUCGCAGGAAAAAAUCUGGAAAGUCAUUUCCCGUCAAGGUCUGCACAUUGGAUGCGGAGCUCGAGUUUAAUCUGGAGUGGAGAGCUACGGGAAGGGAUUUAUUUGACUUGGUCUGCCGCACGAUAGGACUUAGAGAAACAUGGUAUUUUGGGCUUCAGUAUGAAGAUGCAAAAGGUUUUAUAUCAUGGCUCAAAUUGGACAAGAAAGUUCAAGAUCAAGGUAUUUCGCAACAGCCCACAACACCUUUCAUGUUCCUUGCCAAAUUUUAUCCAGAGGAUGUUGCGGAGGAACUAGUUCAAGAAGUCACUCAGCACUUAUUUUUUCUCCAAGUGAAGCAGGCCAUUCUUUCAAUGGACAUAUAUUGUCCUCCAGAAGCUUCUGUCUUAUUAGCAUCAUAUGCUGUUCAAGCAAAGUAUGGAGACUAUGAUGAAGUUUCCUACCGUCCUGGAAUGCUAGCUAGUGAAGACUUACUACCACAGAGAGUUAUCGAUCAAUACCAAAUGACUCCUGAAAUGUGGGAAGACAGGAUAAAAAUAUGGUAUGCCGAUCAUCGUGGAAUGUCUCGCGAUGAAGCAGAAAUGGAAUACCUUAAAAUAGCUCAGGACCUUGAAAUGUACGGUGUUAAUUACUUUCCAAUUAGUAAUAAAAAGGAAACCAAUCUUUGGCUCGGCGUAACGGCACUUGGAUUAAAUAUUUAUGAGAAGGAGAACAAGCUGACUCCGAAGACUACGUUCACCUGGUCCGAGAUCCGUCACAUUAGCUUCGACGACAAGAAGUUUGUGAUAAAGCCUGUGGAGAAGGCUUCCCCUAACUUCGUCUUCUUCUCUCAGAAAGUUCGCAUGAACAAAUUGGUAAAAAAACAGUCAGAUGUUGGCAGCUGGGUGAAGGGCUUGGUAUCUGUAGGCUUCGACGAGCAUAACACUGAGAAAGUUGCUCGUGUAUUAUUUGUUAAGAUUCUGGACCUGUGUAUCGGCAACCACGAUCUGUUCAUGCGGCGACGUAAGCCUGACUCGAUGGAAGUUCAACAGAUGAAGGCGCAAGCUAAGGAAGAAAAAUCUCGGAGGCAAAUUGAAAGGAAUAAAUUGGCCCGAGAGAAGCAGUUGCGAGAAGCUGCAGAAAGAGAAAAAGCUGCCAUGGAACAGAGAUUGUUACAAUAUCAAGAAGAAAUACGAUUGGCGAACGAGGCUUUGAGACGAUCCGAAGAAACAGCUGAUCUCCUUGCCGAAAAAAGUCGGGUGGCAGAGGAGGAAGCUCUCUUACUAAGUCAAAAGGCGUCAGAAGCUGAGCAGGAAAUAACACGGAUUAGGUUAAAUAACAUGAAGACAGAAGAGGAGAAGGUUCAUUUAGAAAGGAAGACUCGUGAGGCAGAAUUGCUAACCGAGAGGCUCGUACAGGAGUCAGAGAGAAGAGCUGCGGAAGCUGAGAAAUUGAAGGACGAGCUUCUACGUGCAAGGAUUGCUGAAAAGGAAGCGAAAGAAAAACUCUUAGAAUUCCUUAGCAGAAAUGCCUACACUGCUGCAAUAGCUCCCGUACCAAAUCUCUUCCCUUCGACACAAGUGCUUCCAUCAGAGCUGCAAGCAGACUUGCAGACUCUACAGUUAGAUGCCGAGCCACUGCCUACAGAUCUUACAUCAUACGAUCUGAUAGCCGAUGGAGAUGUCGACCAACUGUCCCUAGAAAUUGAGAAGGAACGAGUGGACUAUUGGGAAAAGAGCAAGCACUUACAAGAACAGUUGAGAGAACUAAGAUCGGAGAUCGAAGUGAUGAAGGUCGGUGAGAAACAAUGCGAACUGGAUCAGCUUCAUGACGAGCAGGUGCGACUCGGGGAGAACAAGUAUAGCACGCUUAAGCGAGUUAAGUCAGGCUCUACGAAAGCUAGAGUCGCCUUUUUCGAAGAACUUUAAGGACUGCGACAUGCGACCGAUGGUCGACGUCUAGGAGGUUAGGUCGAAACGUGGCAGAACGCACAUAUAUUUUCAUGUACGUUGCGUGUAUCAUGACCUGCAUCUGUAUGAAAUUUAUAUAUAUACAUAUAGAGAAAGAGAGUAAAAUCGUAUACGUGGACUCGUGCACUCGAAUGUGUACAUACGUUCCUCGACUGCAGUAGUGUGUACGAAAGGAUGACUUAGAACUAGGUUAGGAGACAAUCAUUGUUAUACCAGUUACUUUGUUAGGGAAGAUUUCAUCGCGUUAAACGAAUCGACGCGCAUAGAGGUGCGACUAACGAAAUUACUGUAAUAUAUUAAUAUUCCGUUACGUUUAUAAGAUCUAGUUUGCUUCCUAGUGCAGUAUUUACAUGGUACUAGCGGAUACUGAGAUGACCAGUGCACAUAUCUGCUCUCUCAAAAAUCUGACGCAACUAACACCGAAUGUCAUUUUACAAUUACUCUAGGCUGUGGCGAAUAUAUACAUAUAUGUAUACACAUAUAAACACACAUAUAUGUUAUGCACGUUAUACAUGCAUACAGUUUUAGGGAACCGCAUAUAUUUUUUAACAUUUUAACCAAUUGCACAGAAACACUUUUGAAUGGUUUAUCGAGUACUGCUAUCAUUCUGUGCUCGUAGUGAAAUGAUUUAACCGUUGACUCUUUAGACGGAAUUUUAUCGACUGACAUUAAAAUACCGUAACUAUGAGUUAGGCGUUUCAAAGGAUUUUUAUUUCACUGUCUAUUCGUUUGUCGUAUGUUUUGCGUCAGAAUAUGUGUGUAUAAUUUAAAGUUUCCACUGUUUUUUUUUCUCGUUAACCAUCAAACUAUUGUCCCGAGAUAUCUAUUACCGAAUUCCCAAUAUACGUCUUUUUAAUUAUUUAGUUUUUAACCGCUUAGUUAGGAGUUGUAAUUUCCUUAACAUGAAUAUUUGUACCCUACUGAGUCGUUAAAACUUUAUUAAGAUAGCCUUAGACGUAUACGUGAAUAUAUGGUCGCGCGAAACUUGUACGUAUGGUCGCCGAGUACAAUUAAGUGCCUUGUUGUAAGUGCUCUCAAUUUGUUAAUAUCAUAGUAGUAAAACAAAAGCUGGCGUUGCCGGAGACCUAUACAUUAA